AUGGCUCUCAGUAUUGGCGUGCUUGCGUACGAGAGGGAGCUCUUACCAGGCUCGAAAAGGUCACCUGCAAAUGAUGACCCUCUUACAUUCAACACCCAGUACGCUUCUCCGAAUGAGCUUCAGCAGGCUAUCCGAGAGCUCCGCGAAGCAUUUCCAGAAGAGGGCCGAGUUACGACUGAGCCUGAAACCGUCAAAGACUACGGUUCUUCUGAUAACUCGUAUCACCCUUCUGCACCCCAUGCAGUCGUUGUUCGUGCAUACAGCACAGAAGAUGUCGUCAACAUUGUCAACAUAGCACGCAAGUAUAGGGUGCCUAUAACCCCCUACGGAGGUGCUACCAGUCUAGAGGGACAUUUUUCGGGUUAUGCCUCGCGCGACAUUUGCAUUGACAUGAGCGGCAUGGAUAAAAUCUUGGACAUACAUGAGGACGACGGCGACUUGAUAUGUCAAGCUGGAGCCAAGUGGGAAGACAUCAACGAUACAUUGAAGGAAAAGGGUAUACCGCUGUUCUUUCCGUUGGACCCUGGGCCCGGUGCAACUAUAGGGGGUAUGAUAGGAACGGGUUGUUCAGGAACAAACGCGGUUAGAUAUGGAACUGCUAAAGGAGAGUGGUUUCUCAAUGUUACGGUGGUACUACCAUCAGGAGAGGUCAUCAAGACCCGUAGAAGAGCCAGGAAGUCAUCUGCCGGUUUCGACACGACCAAAAUAUUCAUCGGCGCCGAAGGGACGCUCGGUAUUGUGACUGAGGCUACUCUGCGUUUGGCGCCCCUCAUUCCAACUAGAGUGGCAAUGGCGCAAUUCCCGAACGUGGACAAGGCAGUCAGUGCCGUACAAGAGGCUCUGAACUCACCUUACGGGCCCCAUCUCCAAUGUGUCGAGCUCCUGGAUGACAAUAUGAUCAGGGCGAUGAAUGAUGGUGGCAUGGUAGCACGUAAACUCCCUGAGAAGGACACCCUCUUUUUCAAAAUCCAAGGGGCUCCGCAAGCCAUCAAGGAGACGGCUGAUGUAGUCAAGGCCAUAGUCAAGAAGCAUAAUUCUACCCAAUUCGAGUUUGCAGCGACUGAUGAAGAAGCCGACAACCUAUGGCAGAACCGUAAAUAUGCAUUGACUUCAACGCUCUCAUGGAUCCCAGGGGCCAGGGGUUGGACAACUGAUGUCUGCGUGCCUCCCUCCUGCCUUCCCACACUGGUGUACGAGACCAAAAAGGAUCUUGCCGAUGCAGGUAUCAUCUCGACCAUCGUAGGGCACGUCGGAGACGGUAACUUCCAUGCGUUGCUUCUUUUCAAGAACGACGAAGAGUUACAGGCGGUUAGUGAUGCCGUGCAUCGUAUGGUUCAUCGUGCCAUUGCUCUGGACGGGUCAUGUACCGGCGAACAUGGGGUGGGGGUUGGCAAGAAGGAGUACCUGAACGAUGAGUUAGGUGAAGGCACUGUAGCCUUGAUGAAGACGUUGAAGAAGGCUAUAGAUCCACUCAACAUUAUGAAUCCAGGCAAGCUCUAUCCGGACCAGCCGAAAGAUCGGAAAGCGCAGUAA